AUGCGGGGUUUUCUUUUUGUGCGCGGGCCAGGCUGCCUUGUCGAGUCGCUUGUCGGACACAUGCCUGUCUCGACCGCCAAACACCCGAUCAACGAGAGCCUGAACGCAAACGUAGGGCAGCGGACGUUUCUGAUCCCGCCGCCCUCCUCCACGUCAAACAAGAUUGGGUUCCAGACCAUCUCUCUGUGGGGGCUGUGCAUCGUCGUCCUCGGCGUCUGCUACUACUUUGAGCAGAAGGAGGAGGGCAGCAAGCCGCGGCCGCUCCCGGACGACGUGCAGCGAGUGAUGCCAAACGGCUCGUGGCUGAUGAGGGACGGCUCGAUCCGCCCAGCGAGCGACGGGGAGAAGAGGUGACGGGAGCGCAGCAGUGACAGCAGCACAGACAGCUUCGAGCUUGUCUAACCCACCCUCGACCCGCGUGCGCGCGCCAGCCGCUGCUCUGUGUCGACUUGAGUACGCGUGUCCGAGCUAGCGCCAAAAUCAUUUCAUACGUAGAGAGGACAGGAGUCCCUUGGGGCGCGCGCCGCACACAGCCGCGCAGUGGAGCACGGUGUGGCGCCAUGCCGGAAGUCGUGGGCAGAGGGUGCGGGCGCGAGUAGCGGCGCG